AUUUUCCUCAACCAAUCAGCUUUGUUCAUCAGGACCAGUAGUGCUCUUUUUCGCACAUUGCAAGCUUCAAAGACUCGCAUCAAUGCCCAAGCAGAGAGCACCACUAGCACUCUGAAAGAGGCAUCAGUUCAUGCGACAACUAAAACAAGUGUAGAACAAAAAAUUCUUGGAUAUGAAACUAUUAUUGGUAUAGAGACCCAUGUGCAACUAUCAACCCUUACCAAAGCAUUCUGCAGCUGCCCUUACCUCUAUGGAUCACAACCAAACACUACUGUUUGUCCUGUCUGCAUGGGACAUCCUGGUACUCUACCAGUUUUGAACUCCAAGGUCAUUGAAUUUGCCGUGAAGCUAGGCCUUGCACUCAACUGCAGAUUGUCCAUGACCUCCAAGUUUGACAGAAAGCAAUACUUUUACCCAGAUCUCCCUAAAGGAUACCAAAUAUCACAAUUUGACAUCCCGAUAGCAAUUAAAGGGUUCAUUGAUUUGGAUCUUCCAGUUGAGUUUGGUGGUGGUCAUAGAAGGUUUGGGAUAACUAGAGUUCAUAUGGAAGAAGAUGCAGGAAAACUAAUUCACUCAGAAACGGGGAGUUAUUCCCAGGUGGAUCUGAAUAGGGCAGGGGUGCCUUUACUAGAGAUUGUCUCUGAGCCCGAUAUGAGGAGUGGACUUGAGGCUGCAGAAUAUGCUGCAGAGAUACAGAGGCUGGUUAGGUAUCUUGGAAUAAGCAAUGGCAAUAUGCAGGAAGGUUCACUUCGUUGUGAUGUAAAUAUUUCUGUUCGUCCAGUAGGACAAUCAAAUUUUGGAACAAAGGUUGAAAUAAAGAACAUGAAUUCAUUUUCUGCAAUGAAUAGGGCCAUAGAUUAUGAGAUCUCAAGACAGGUUCUUCUUCAUAGCCAAGGUCAAAGUGAUCAAAUUGUACAAGAAACUCGUUUAUGGGAAGAAGGUGCUCAGAAAACUUUUACAAUGAGGAAAAAGGAAGGACUAGCAGAGUACAUAUAUUUUCCUGAGCCUGACCUACCUGAAGUUAUUCUGACAAAAGACUAUGUUGACAAAAUUCAACAAGUUUUGCCUGAGCUCCCAGAAGCAAAACGCAGACGAUAUGAAAAAUUGGGUCUCAACAUGCAAGAUGUUCUCUUUCUUGCCAAUGACAAUCAUGUUGCUGAAUUUUUUGAUGCUUCUGUUGAGAAUGGUGCUGAUGCAAAGUUGGCUGCCAACUGGAUUAUGGGUGACAUUGCAGCUUUUCUGAAGAAUGAAUGACUUUCAAUGAAUGAAAUCAAAUUAACACCAGUAGAGCUUUCUGAGUUAAUAACUUCAAUAAAAAAUGGAACCAUUAGUGGGAAGAUUGGGAAGGAGAUACUUUUUGAGCUUUUAUCAAAAGGUGGAACGGUAAAGUCAUUGAUAGAAGAGAAGGAUUUAGUUCAGAUAGUAGAUCCAGCUGCAAUAGAAGCACUUGUUGAUAAAGUGCUUGCUGCAAAUCCCAAGCAACUUCAACAAUAUCGCGGUGGAAAAACCAAGUUGCAAGGAUUUUUUGCUGGCCAGGUAAUGAAGGAGUCGAAGGGCAAGGCAAAUCCAUUGGUUUUGAACAAAAUCCUCGCUGAUAAAUUAAAUGGAGGGAACUGACAAAAGUUGAAAAGCUUGAUGAAUUAGUAUUUGUCUGUCGUGCCCAUCUUCUCGCAUUAGUUUCGUGACACAAGAAACUCGCAGUAUCAAUUGGGAUGAAUACAAAAAGCAAUGAGGUUGACUCAUUUCUUGUCCACAAAUAGAUUUCUUCUACUGUGGAUCCAGGAGUAUGCUUCAGAAACAAUUAGAUGCCGAAUCCGAGCUUAAUGUACGCUCCUUUUUUUUUUGCUUUUAUAGGAGAAUAUUUUCUGUGCUGCUUAAUCUGAAGCCUUCCUUUAACAUCAGAUAUUGUAAUUUUGGUGAACAAGUGAGCAUAUAUAUUGAUGUAUGCAUUAAAUUA